GCCGGGCAAGCGGCAGGAGGCGAGGCCUAGGCGCAGGAUGGAGCCGCCACCGCCACCACCCCUGCCGGUGUCGAGCGAUGCGAAGCCGCCGUCCACCCACACCUCACCCGGCGCCUCACCGCAGCAAGAGCACCGCCGCCGGCGCUCGGGCCGCUUUGGCCUGGAGAUGUACCGCUCGCUGAGUGAGGACACCUUCGACCUGUUCACAGCCGAGUCGGAAGCCUCGCUGCCUUACCUGGAGGGCGAGGAGGCCGACUUCAGCGAGAGCGACACCUCAGUGGACCGCAAGCGGAGCCGGGCCAGCAGCAUCCGGCACCGGUACGAUGUGGUGGGGGAGCUGGGCUCCGAGGAGGUCCGCUGGUUUUACAAGGAGGACCGCAAGACCUGGAAACCCUUCAUCGGAUACGACUCGCUGCGAAUCGAGCUCAUGUACCGGGAGUACAACAAGGCCGGGGCCGACGACUCGGACCUGGAUACCGUGAAGACCGUCUGUGUCCGCGGAGGCCUCUACGAAGUCAACGUCGUGGACAAGGGCUGUUACCCCGUCUAUUGGUAUCAACCUGAUAUGAUUGUUGUCAUGCGUGGCCAGUGGUUUGUUGAUGGCACGUGGCAACCUUUGGAAGAGGAAGACAGUGAUCUGAUUGAAGCUGAACACCUAAAACGUUUUCGGGGUCAACAGAUGCAUGAUGCAUUUGAACUGGAUGUAGCUAGACCUAUGGAUAGUAAAGAUGUUUUCUACCAACUCCCUCCUUUCUACCUUCCCUUUCUGUUCAAAUGGAGAGGAUAUAAGGAAAGUACAGCCACUGCAUGUAACAAAAGAAAGCGUUGCCAAGCUAUACACAGCUUGAAGCUCAGCCGCAACCACGUGGACUGGUACAGCGUGGAUGAGGUUUAUCUGUACAGUGACACAACCACAUCCAAAAUUGCCAGGACGGUUACUCAGAAAUUGGGAUUUUCCAAAGCAUCAAGUAGUGGGACUAGACUUCACAGAGGAUACGUAGAAGAGUCUUCACUGGAAGACAAACCUCCACUCCCUACUCACAUUGUUUUUGUUGUACAUGGGAUAGGACAAAAAAUGGACCAAGGUCGUAUUAUCAAAAACACAGGCAUUUCUGCAGUCGUUGGUUUUGAGAAUGAAAAAGGCUUUUCAUGGAAAUGCAUUUGGCCUCUUUCCGAAGUAUACAGAAACAAGGCUAAAGAUGGCAACGUUUAUCUUGGUUACCCCAGAGCCACUCGCAGGAUGCGAGAAGCUGCAAGGAAAGUUGAAGAAAAGCACUUUCCUUAUGCCACAAAUCUGGAAUAUGUUGAGUUUCUGCCUGUGGAGUGGAGGUCGAAGCUAUGUCUGGAUGGGGAUACAGUUGAAUCUAUUACUCCAGAUAAAGUACGUGGACUUCGAGACAUGUUAAACAGCAGUGCUAUGGACAUCAUGUACUACACUAGCCCCCUUUACAGGGAUGAGAUUGUGAAAGGCCUUCAGCAGGAGUUAAAUCGAUUAUAUGCGCUUUUCUGUUCUCGGAACCCAGAUUUUGAAAUCCAUGGCGGGAAGGUUUCGAUAGUAGCCCACUCGCUAGGCUGUGUCAUCACGUAUGAUAUUAUGACUGGAUGGUAUCCAGUGCGAUUUUAUGAUAAAUUGGUACAGGAGGAAGAAGAGAUGACAGAGAAUUCCAUGAGUUUUGAGGAGCGCGAACUUCUGGAUGAUAUUCUCAAGACUAAACAGCGAUUAAAACAAUUAGAGCACCAAUUACUUCAAGUGAAAGCUUCAGCUCCAUUCCGAUUACCUGCUUUGAAAUUUAAGGUUGAAAAUUUCUUCUGCAUGGGAUCCCCUCUAGCUGUUUUCCUUGCAUUACGUGGCAUACGACCUCAACAUAGUGGUAAUCAGGAUCAUAUUCUACCGAGAAGUAUCUGUGGCCGGUUGUACAAUAUAUUUCACCCAACUGACCCUGUGGCGUAUCGACUAGAACCUCUGAUCCUGAAACAUUACAGUAAUAUUGCACCCCUCCAAAUCCAUUGGUACAACACAACUGUCUUAACAAAAUAUGAUGACCUAAGGCCAACCUAUAUCAAGCCUGCCAAAGAGUCGAUGAAUCCUUCAACGGCUCCCUCAGCGUCUACCUCACAUACAGAAAUGGAAAAUCUGCCAAGUCCAAGUACCUCGCCAGUUAUGCCUCGACGAAACUAUGGGGAAUCAAUAACCAGCCUAGGAAAAGCAAGUAUAAUGGGAGCUGCACAUAUAGGAAAAGGCAUUGGUGGAAUACUGUUUGCGAGAUUCACACGUUCUACUUCAACCGCUGAGGAAUACAAGGAAGAAACAGUUGUAGAAGAGAGAAGAGCAACUGAAGCUCAGUACAGUCCAAGGAUCCUGUCACGCAAUAAUUCUGGUCUUUUGUAUGGUACAGUGGAGUUAGAGCAUCGCCUUGAUUUUGAACUGCGGGAAGGCCUUGUAGAAAGCAGGUAUUGGUCUGCAGUAACAUCGCACACUUCUUAUUGGUCAUCCCUAGACGUCGCUCUUUUCCUCCUCUCGUUUUUGUACACACAGAGACCACCUGGGAGUGCAGACCAAUCGGAAAGCACCAGAUUGUCAGGAGACACUGUGUACAAAUGAAGAAUUGUUUAGAGAGACUAUUGGUACUGCUGCUUAAAGUGCAAUGAAAAACUAAGGGAAUCACAAUUUUGUUUGUGUUUUUUUAUUUAUUUUCUAGAAUCCACAAUGAAUACUGGAAGUAUGAUCAACCUAUUUCUAAAUAAAGUACUCAGACUUGAGUCAAACAUUUUCCUUUCCUACCCCUUAAUACUUUGUCAUUAUUCACUGUAUAAUAGGUAUGCAAAGUACUUCUUUACAUUUAUGGCAAACUGGGUUUGACACUAACAUCUAGGCUGGAACUUAUCAUUUUUAAAAACUGUUAAUUUUUAUGUUUCAAAUGUGCAAACUAUAUACAAAUACUUGUUUUGUACAAGGAAAUAACCCACUAUGAAUGUUGACUUGAAGUUUGCACUUUAAAGCUCCAACCUCUUGUCCUUGUCUUAGUUAUUCAAUGUGGCGAACGAUGAACUGUUUACACAUUUGAAGUAUAAAAUGUAUAUUUGGUGCUUAUAAUUUUGUUAACACAAUAUCACUAAUGUUUUUCACAUUAUUUGUUCUGGUUCAUGUACUUUUUAAAAAUUUCGCCAGCAUUAAAAGCUAGACUGUACUAUUGUAUAGUGCAGGAGGCAUUGCAUUGUCAUUUUCUCAGUACUUUGUGUUCUUUUUUCCAGUCAAUAAAAGCCCUGG